UUCCCCGCGCGCCACGCUCCUCCCCUUCAAGUCGCUGGGCCAGCUCCGCUCUGAGAAGCUUCCCCAGGCGUUAGCGAAGUGAUUUUUGUGGAGAAGGAACCAGCUGAGCGCCACGCCAUUAUUUCCUGGGAGCAGAAAAAUGCCUGUGUCCUUCCCGAGGAUUUAAAGAAUUUCUACCUGAUGACAGACGGCUUUCACAUGACAUGGAGUGUCAAGUCUGAUGACUCGCAGCACUUGCCCAGUAAUGCCGCUUCUUCCAGAAAGCCCCAUGCCCCUGGGCUCCAUGACCAUCAAUGGCAUCUCCAGGCUGAAUCGCCUUGGCACGUCGCCUGCAUACUCCUUGCCCAGCGCACCCACGCUCGCCGACUUGGAAGAGGCCGAUGAGGAAGGAGGUGACAAGGACCAGCCUGAGAAGCCUCACUUGGACUCGCGCAGCCUGAUAUUUGAGCUGGACCCGUGCGGGGGGAACGGGAAGGUUUGCCUCGUGUACAAACACACCAAGCCAGCUGUCAGCCCUGAUUCGGAGAUCUGGUUCCUGGACCGAGCCCUCUACUGGCAUUUCCUCACCAAAACCUUCACCGCCUACUACCGCCUCUUGAUUGCCCACCUCGGGCUCCCGCAGUGGCAGUACGCCUUCACCAGCUACGGCAUCAGCCCCCAGGCUAAGCAAUGGUUCAACAUGUACAAACCUAUCACGGUCAACACGGAGCACCUCUCGGAGGAGGCGGAGUUAUUUGUGAACAAGCUGGACCCCAACAAGGUUUUUAGGAGCAAAAGCAAGACUCCGGUGGUCAAGAAGAAGCUGCCAUCCCAGCCCCCCUCCCAGAAAGGCCAAGCAGGGACGAACCCCAAGAAUCCCCCGCCGGCUGGGAGCUCCUCGCGGAGACGCGAGGUGCAGUCCUGACUCUCUUCCACAAGUCGCGUCUCAGCACCAGUUCCCCGGGCAGGACCAAAACGUUUAUUUUAAAGUAUUUAUUUAAGACCC